AUGGCGGAGCCCUCCAAGUACGCCCACAGCCCCGUCCACCGGGCCAUUCUGACCAGAGACUAUGCCGCGCUGAAGUCCAUCGUGGGGGCGCUGCCUCGCCUGGUCGAGCCGAAGGAGAUCCGCACGGAGGAGGCUUCCAUGGCCGAGGAGGAGAAGGCGGAUGCAAUCUCCGCGGUGAUCGACCGCAGGGACGUGCCCAACAGGGAGACCCCCCUUCAUCUCGCCGUCAAGCUGGCCGACGCCACCGCCACGGAGAUGCUCAUGCUUGCAGGCGCAGACUGGAGCCUGCAGAACGAGCAGGGAUGGAGCGCCCUCCAGGAGGCGAUCUGCAUGAGGGAGGAGAAGAUCGCGAAGAUCAUAGUCCGCCAUUACCAGCCUCUGGCUUGGGCCAAAUGGUGCCGCAGGCUCCCCCGCGUGGUCGCCACCAUGGGGAGGAUGAGGGACUUCUACAUGGAGAUCACCUUCCACUUCGAGAGCUCGGUGAUCCCGUUCAUAUCCAGAGUUGCUCCCUCUGAUACGUACAGGAUAUGGAAGAGGGGGUCCAAUCUCCGGGCCGACAUGACCCUCGCCGGCUUCGACGGGUUCAGGAUUCAGCGCUCCGAUCAGAGCGUCCUGUUCUUCGGCGACGGGUCGGAGGACGGGAAGGUCCCGCCUGGUUCGCUCUGUAUGAUCUCGCAUCGGCACAGGGAGGUGAUUAAUGCUCUCGACGGAGCUGGAGCUCCGGCCACGGAGGCGGAGAUUGAGCAGGAGGUGUCUGCCAUGUCUCAGACGAACAUCUUCAGGCCCGGAAUAGACGUCACGCGGGCGGCGCUCCUGCCGCAGUUGACUUGGAGGAGGCAGGAGAAGGUGGAGCUUGUCGGCCAGUGGAAGGCCAGAGUCUUCGACAUGCACCACGUGGUCGUCAGCAUGAAGUCCCGGCGGGUGCCCGGCGCCAUGACAGACGAUGAGUUGUUCUCCUCCUCCAACGACGACGGAAGCGAGGAGGAGUACGACGACAUACUGACAAAGGAGGAGAGGGACCAGCUGGAGGUGGCCCUGAAGGUGGGAUCGGAUGUUGCAGACGAAGACAGUUCAGAGGGUUCUUCUGGAAGAAGCCGACGUGGUUCCUGCGAGGAGAGAGAAAUCCCAAUCCAGGACGCCAGCUCGUACAACGGCGGCGGCGGCGGCGGCGGCGGCGGCGGCGAAUCUAGACAGGCGCAGAAAGGAUGGUUUAGAAGCUGGGGAGGGAGAGGUCAAGAGAGGCGUGGCGCUCCUCCAAGAAACUCAGUUCCCAUGGACGGCAAGGUUGGUGAUUCAGCAGGGAACCCGCUGUCCGCUUCUAGAAGGAGAGAAGGAAAGCCCUCCCUGGAGGUUGCUUCUUCGUCGGGGGGCGAGGAUCGGAAGAACGCAGCUGGAGUAGCCAUGGGAGCUCCGCAUCAGAGGAAAGACAGUGGCAGCCGUGAGAACGAGUACAGGAGGGGAUUGAGACCCGUUCUGUGGCUCUCUCCUGACUUCCCCCUCCAGACAGAAGAGCUCCUUCCUCUGCUCGACAUUCUUGCCAACAAGGUCAAGGCCAUACGCCGCUUGCGGGAGCUGCUGACGACCAAGCUUCCUCCAGGGACAUUUCCCGUAAAGGUAUUAGAACAAUAAAUAAAUAAGGAAAUAAACUGCGAUGAAUUUCUCUUUCUUGUGCAUUAAAUGUUGAGAUCUAUAGCAGCCCAUUCACUGAAAGACACCAAAUCUUAUGAUCCUCUGCAUGUUAUAUAUACAUACAUUCCCCAUCUUUCCUUGAACAUCGCUGAGUGCCCAGCCUCUUCUCUCCACAUUCACACAAGGCGGGGUCAUCAAAUGACAUUGUGUACUUUACCCACCAAUCCCUUACACACCCUUUCAAGAACUGAAGCUCGCAGGGCUCCACAGUUCCCAAUUUGCAGAUGGUAGUGAUUACCGUGUAUGGCAGUGAUUACCGUGAAAUAAUGGAUGGAAAAAUUUACAAAACCCAGAAAGUUCUUCUGAUCAGGCGUUGACUUUACGCCCUGUUGAACCUGAUAUGGCUAAUAUAAAAUUCAGUGAGUGUGGUUGAUAUUUUUUGUCCAUGAUUUAAUGCCCUGUUAUCUCCCCCCCUGCAGGUCGCCAUUCCUGUCAUCCCUACGAUCAGAGUAUUGGUCACCUUCACCAAAUUCGAAGAACUGCAGCCAGAUGAUGAGUUCUCCACGCCUCCUUCGAGCCCGGAGAACGGCAACCUUCUUGCGCAGCCCUCUUCCAGCUCGUGGGUGCAGUGGAUGAAGGCUUCCUACAAGAACAAGUACUCUGCGGCUUCCGGGGCCAGUAGCCACGGGGAAGACGUCCAGGAUCCUUUUCUCAUACCUUCGGACUACUCGUGGAUCACUCCGGAAGCCAAGAAGAAGAGGCUGCAGGAGAAGAAGAACAAGAACAAGUCCAAGAAGGGCAGAGCACGGAGCUGA